ACGCAAUGAAGUGUUAAAUUCGAUUUAAACUCCUUAACUCGCUUAUCGACAGCUGUGCCAGCAGUCAGGCAUGUGAGCAGCGCGCAUGUGCGGUGGCAGCCACAAACAGCAAUUUGCGGCAUUUGCAACAGUAUAAUGCCGCUAGAUUCUACUGGCGCUCAGUCGGGACUGCAAAGUGUUCGCGUGCAGACGCUUCAUGGAGAUGGCUGCAUUGGAACAAGAAUUUGUCGAUUUCUUCGCCGAGUGCAAGAAGCAAGGAUUUAGCGCCGCCGAGAUGCGUGCCAUAUGUCAGCCGUUGUUGCCACAUCGCAGCAACAGAUGUUGGGCGGUGACGUGCGCUUUGCUGGCUAUCUUCGGUGCAGUAUAUCUACUCUACAAUUGGUGCGAUGAAUUUAGUUGGUUUGUCAGCGCCAUCGGGCGGUUGUUGCUGCUACAGGUGUUACCCUAUUGGGAUUGGACUCCACUAUAUAAUAGUCGCUGUCUGAUUGAGCGUACUUUAGAUAAGGUGGACUCGGGAAGUGUGUCAUCCACCACGAAAAUCCUGGAGCGCUAUGAAACUGAAGCUGGGAAUUGUGUGCUCUGUGAGACGUUGGAACGCAUUCCCACAUCGUCGAAUAUCACCUUCUCAAUACUGGAAUCUAUGCAUCUCGAACGUGGUUGGCCAGUGAUUGUCACCGACUCGCAUCAACCACUUACGCUUAACACACUGCUCAAUCAAAUGUAUAACUCGUCGCUGGAUUUUCUGGAAAGUGAUCCCUGUGAUGUCUCAACGAAUUUAAUGCUGAAGAAGCUCUUUAACUUAGAACUGGCUUUGGAGAAGAUCAAGAAUACAACACCAACUAACAAUAAAUGGUUCCUACAAUUACGUAAUUGUCAGCGACGCGCUGUCAAGGCUUCGCGUCGCUUCGUCACAAGACCAUACUACUAUCCGCUACAUCUUGAGCCAUUCUACUCGAGUUGGGUGCUGCUGUCGCAGAACUAUGCGAACGAAAAAUUGCGAGAAAUCUAUUUACGUGGCUUGAUCUUCGUUCAGCAGCUGAGCGGUCACUUUGAUAUACGUCUGCGACCGAAGCAACCCUGCCAAGAGCGUUGCCCUGUGGUGAAUAUACGUUUGGGUGCUGGAGAAUGCUUGAUUUUCUCCACGGAUUUGUGGGUUUUCAGCUAUGGUACUGAGACGAUCGAAAGUAAACUCGUUUCGUUGGCGACAGUGUUGGAAAUCGAUUGGCAGUUGUAGAGGGAAUAAAUAUUAAUUUACAUGUAACUGAGAAUGUGUUAAUAAAAUAACAAUAAAUUAAAAUGGAA